AACCUACUAUCCUUAUUACUGAAGUUUAUACCAACUAAUAGUAACAAUUUAUGGAAGCGCUAGGUUUGCAAGUUGUUAUAUAAUAUCGCUAGUUUAUGGAUAUUGGGUAUUUAGUGUCUCUGGUUAUUUUAUUGUCAUUUAACUUCCAAAAUGCGCUGAAAGUAGACGGAUAUGCAACAUUAUAUUUCAAAUUUAUUAACAUUACAGUGAGUUCGUCAAGUGGACAUUGCAACUCUUUCUCAAGACCAGAUUACUGUGAUUUGUACUUUAAACUUUGUGUAGGUGAUCAAAACUCGAGAGGGUGCAGCAUUUUAGAUAUGAGAACACCGAAAUCUUCCUUAAUGAACCAGAAUUCUAUCUCUUUUGGCGAUUUCAUAGACUAUGUACCAAACCCGCUGUCCAGAAUAGUAAAUAAGCUUCCGAUCGAAGUUUGGGAUGCGGAUUAUUCUUUUUCUGAUUUAGAUGACCAUUUGACAACAUUUGAAGAUAACGCGUACACGUAUACUGUGUUUCCAUUUGAAACUGGUGGUUCAUCACUUUUUUAUACUUAUCAUCAUCAUAAAAUAUCUCGAAAUAUAACACAAGGAUAUAUAACUAUGUAUGUAGCAGUUUGGGCUGUUUGUAAUCGUGGCAGCUAUGGAAAAGAUUGUAGCGUCAGCUGCGUUCCGCAACAAAGAAUACGGCACUAUGGUUGUGAUAUUUCAACAGGCGCAAGGGUGUGUAUUCCUGGAUGGUCUGGUGAUGAAUGUAACAAAAUUGAUCAUUGUGGUAUAUUAACACCGUGUGGCCCUAUGGGAACUUGUACUAAUACUCAUGUUGGAUAUAAUUGCGCAUGUAAACAUAAUUUUUCAGGACCACAUUGUUCAGAACCUCCAAAUCAAUGCAGUCCUUUACAAGAUUUUUGUCAAAAUGGAUUUUGCCUACUAAAGUACUUUGAUGAAGAAAACAGAAGUUUAUCCAAUCCAAUUCCAUACUGUGUUUGUAUACCUGGGUUUACAGGCAAAUGGUGUGAAUUGGAUAUAGAUGAGUGUGCAAUGAAACCAAAUAAUAACGACAGCAACAAAAGUAUUAAUAUGAACCACCACAUAACAUCAUCUUGUAGUGUAAAUUCAAUGUGCGAAAAUCUCUAUGGAAAUUUUCGUUGUUUUUGUCAAAAUCAGUGGACUGGUCUACGCUGUAAUACACCACCAACUUUAUGGCCUGAUCAUUAUAAACCCAUAGUUAAUUCAAACGGUUUACCUGAUUUUAUAAACUUCAAAAGAAUAAAUUUAUCAACCGUUUCAUCAAAAAACAACAAUGAUGACUUAAUAGUAAGAAAAGUAAUGUUUAUUUUGAAAACAUUUGAUGUUAUCGUCAUUAUAAGAUUGCAGAGAUUGUUGAAUUUCAUUGGAAACACGAACCGAUCUAAGUUAGAAACCAUCGAAAGCUGGGGGCACUGGAAGGCCAUCACGAUCCAGUACAGGACUCAUGAAAGAUAAUCAUCCAAUCGAUCCCAGAACGUUCGUUUAUAGGGUCGUGGAUUCGCACGUCUGAGUAGUUCCGUACUGAGUCGAAACAGUCAUCCAGUGCCUCCAGUUUUCAAUAGUUUUAUAGCUUUCAUCGGUUUGUGAUUUUAAUGAAACUCAAUUUUAUCGUAAACCCUCAUAUGAGUCCUGCAAGAGUAAUAUCAAUUGUUUACUUGUUCGUAAUUAGUUUACUUCAAGUACUGACAUCAGCUUGGGAAUUAUUGAAAAUCAGUUUUAUAAUUCUCACUUAGGACUUCUUGAUAAUUGAAACUUACCACCACACUGAGGAAUGGAAUAUUUGACAACUUUAAACUAGAGAGUCAAAACUGAAUAUUUCACGAUUCGUGAUAUAGUAUGGUUAUCAUCAAAUGAUAGCUGUAAGAUGGUGGAGAUUUGUAGCUCAUAUGAAUGAUUUUGAUGAAGGUUUGUUCUCUGAGCUGGAUAGUUUGAUCCAGUUCAGUUAGCGAAACUCCAUUAAAUUGAUAGCUGUCCCACGUUUGAUAAAGUCGAACUCUAUCAGUCACAGUUUUGUAGUAAAGUCCCUGAGGAUUGUUCUGAAAACUUAUCCCUAGUAAGUAAAAGAAUAUCAUGAAGUUAAUUGGUUGAUGAAGAUCGUACAUUUUGAAGUUACUAUGUGUCACAGAGUAAUGUUUACUGUUUAUUUUGUGUUGAGACAAUCAUGCAGGUUCGUUAGAUAAAAAAAAGUCCUAGAAAUUGAAAAUAUACCACUUUCUUUAAAAACUGAUGAAUUCAUACUGGCAGUUUUCAUAAAGUUUGUUUUCCUUGUCCCCUAACAUUCAUAUGUUGAACUCAUUGCAAUAUACAGGGUUUAUACUUGAUUAUCACUUACUCAAAUAUGGUAUACUAUUUGGUGUAGUAUAUAAGCGAAAUAGAAAUCAAUGUAUAUGCAGGAAAACUUAUUUACUGGUAGUCUGAGUCAACUAGUAAACUUAUCUAUUUUAAGGACUUUAGUAAAUGAAAGUCAUUUUCCCAGAGAUAGGGGUUACAUUGAACAGAUGUCUUUUCAAUGGUUCUGUGUAGAAUGUUUGUAAGAUCGAAACUAUGAUAAACUUACUGAAAAAAAAAUUAUGAAAUUGAAGAUGGUCUUCUGAAUACAAGACAGAUUUGUGUUAGAUUGUAAAUAAAUCACAUGUUAUCUUCAUUUAUUUAGACUUCAUAAAAGUCCAUUGAAACCCUCUUAGCUUAUCUAUCUAAUUUAUACCUUAAUUCCUGUUAUCCAAACCGAAGAAAAUAAGUCAAAAGCAUGUAUCACUGAAUAUCAGUUACGUUUACUAUAAAAUAUUUUAGCUAAAAAAGCUUAUCAGUAGUUGUUCUUACACCACUAAUCUUAAACUCUUAAUGUUAUAUCGUAUGAGUUUGUGUGUUCUUGCUCAGUUGAUAUUUAUUCGAUUGAGUGUGUACGUGCCCUGUUUUACAUAUGAGUGAUAUGACCGCCAAUGAGAGAAGAGCGAAUUAUCAAUCAGAGCUAUGAUACACAAAAACCGUAUGAACAGUCUUGAGAACUUAUCAGUCCUGCUAUCUGCCUAGCCCAGCCAGUUAAGUCCAGAACAUCAAUAACACCCUCGGAAAUAUGAAGUAAUUUUCUCAAACAUACUGAGUUUAUAUACCAAACAAACUGACCACAUCGUACCAUAAAAUAGAAAAUAACAUUUAUACAAGAUUUAGCCAAAUGUCGUUGUGAAUAGGGAGAACAAUAAUCAAUAGACUGGGUAUAACUCAAGAAUGGUAAAACGUAUAAUAGUCUAUAGGUCAAAAUAAAUCUUAUAAUAAAAGGAAUAUGAAUAGCUUAGUUACUUAGCUACUAAACAAUAGGAAAUAUACAUAUUACA